AUGUCGCCCGCCCGGGGAGCCCUGGUGCCGCGCUUCCUCAUCGACGCCCCGAAGUUGGCGGUCCGCGACGGAGGAAUAUGCGUCGACAUCGGCUUCCCGGAAACGUGCUGCGCAAACACGAACUACUGCUACGUCAAGCCGGACAACCGGCCGUGGUGCUGCCCCGUCGGCUCCAACUGCGACUCCAACUGUGCGGCCACGGCCUACCAGUGCCCCGCCACCGUCACCCGCACCGUCUCCGAGACCGUCAUGGGCGGUGGCGGCGCCGUCGUCACCACCUCCGUCUCUUCCGCCUGCUGCGGCCGCACCUGCCCCUCCACGUCGGCCUUUCGUUGCGAGUCCCAGUUCGGUGGCGGCUGCUGCUCCUACGGGCAGACCUGCGUCUCGGGCGGCGGAUGCGUGCGCGCCGUGACCCCGACCACGUCCGCCACCGUGCUGCUGACGCCCGUCGACCCCGGAUGCACGGCCACCGCGCAGCACGCGUGCGCCGACGGCGGGUGCUGCGACAGGCUCUGGGACUGCGUCGUCGUCAGCGGCACCGCGGCGUGCGCGCCGGGGCGCCCCACGACGACGGACGUGCGGAUCGUGGACGAGGCCUCCGACGGGCUGUCGACCGGCGCCAAGGCGGGCAUCGGCGUGGGCGUGUCCGUCGUCGGGUGCGCGCUCGUGAUGCUCUCCGCGUGGUUCUGCCUGUUCAGGCGACGGAGACGGGGGUCGGCGACGGCGUCGUCCCGGCGCAGCGGCGGUGGCGGCGGCGGUACGAGCCGCGUCAGCGGUGGGGUUUCUGGUAUCGACAGCGGCGGCGGCAGCGAGAGACCGGGGCGGAGUGCGCGCGCCAUGUCGGAGGUCGCGUCCAGCUCGCCACCGACGAUGUGGCGCGGCGGGACGCAGGAAUACUUUGGCCCGGAUGCCGUGGCGGGGCCGUACACGGAGACGGAGACGACCACGCCGGGCAGGGGGAGGGGCGUGCCGCUGCAGGCGCACUUGCCGAGCGACGUCGUGGCGCCGGUGGAGAUGGACUCGGUGGGCGUGGUAGCGGAAGCGGAGGCGGAGGUGAAGGCGGCGCAGGAGAGGUACGAGCUGUACGGGUGCGAGGUGGCGUCGCCCCCCGCGGGGAGCAUCGCCGGCGUCUCCAUGAUGGACAGGUCGUCCGGUCCCCGCGUCAGAGGGGGGCACUCGGCAUGA